AUGCGCAACCAACCACUUUCACCCCUUGAUAUCGCCCAAAUGGAUCUCUCUCGCCAUCAAUUUGCAUUUCUUUCUGCCUGUGAAACUGCAGUCGGUGACUUUAAGACGCCCGACGAAGUGAUACACCUUGCGGCUGGCCUGCAAUUCGCUGGGGUUAAGAGUGUCGUUGGAACAUUAUGGGUGGUCAACAAUAGUACUGUCCAGCGCUUAGUCGAGGCAUUCUACAGAAAGUUGUGCGGGGAUGGCAAAAUGAAUCCCAAAGGAGCUGCCCAAGUGCUGUACCAAGUGGUCCACUCAUUGACUCAUGACAAGGACAUGCCCCUGGACCAGCACAUAGUGUUCGUGCAUAUUGGCGUAUGA